AUGGAUCCAUUUAACCCCAAGGAAUCAACCGAGGAAUCUUUCAAGCUAAUGUGCUUGCUCCUUGUCAAUUAUGGCCUCUUGAAGCAUCCGCUUUCUCAACUCUUGCUUGCGCUAUUGCUUUACGGACCCUGGCCAUUGUGUUUUCAAUCACCUCUGGACCAUGGAGUUCUUUUUCUUUUCUUUUUCUUUUGCUUUGCUUACUUCAUUGUUCGAUGA